UCCGUCAAAAUUCUUUUCUUCAACAGUGCCGUCGCGUCAGUCCGCGAACUCCUGAGCAGCGUGGAGAGUGCCCUGAACGGCCUGGUGAGCAAAGUGACCGGAGUAUUCGCGACGAUGAGCAUCAGCGGCAGCGUUUUCCCGACGCAGCAGUCGACCCUGGAGCUGGCGUUGCGGCGCGAACGGGCCGUCGACAGGGCGGCGGACACGGUGGCGCGGCUGCAGCGGCGCCUCCAGGCCGCCACCCUGAACCUGGACGCGGUGCGGCAGUACAGGAGCGCCAGGCCCAGCGGCUGCGACGCCACCGACGCCACUUUCGCGCAACUCGAGGCCAACCUGCAGACCGAGAUCGACGGCUGCCAAAAACGCAUCACCACAACUGAGAAGAUCCUCCACUCCCUCCAGGGCGUUUUGGACUUUAAAGAUGGAGAGAUUGCCAUUUCACAGCUGCAGGAGAUGGAAGAGCCUGAAAAUGAGGCGAGUGAGGAGCAUUUUGUACCGAGCUUGGACACGUCGGCGUGCCUGAACCCCGAGAGCCCCGCGUCUGGUGAAUUUUCGAUCUCGAGCAAGGCGCUGAUGGGCCAGGUGAUCCGGGAGCUGGACUUCAAGUUCGGGCAGCGGGUGUCGCACAACCUGAUCCGGCUCGACGAGGACGACUACAGCAGCGCCCUCGAGCAGAUCGACGUGAGCGCCUCCGAGGGCCUCGAGGAGGUCGAGGAGAUUCAGACUAGCGUGCGGUGCGGCCUCGUCGAGCUGUGCCACCGCGUGGCCGGCGUCGACAACGGAAGGCCAGAGGCCGUGCUCGACCUGCUGCACCUGCUCAACACCGUCGCCGCCACCGUCGAUAAGACUUACGCCCGCAAAAAACAACACUUGCAACACCAUUGAUGUGCUUUUUUACAUUUUUAUAUUUUGGAU